CUGAUGCAAAAAGAGGGGCUAAGAGCAGUCUGCUCGAUUAAGGCUGUGGAGAAGAGAAGCAAAGAGACGAGAAAGAGGGUAAGGGAAUUACCCAAGUUCACGUUUCUUCACGUUUUCUUCUGGGACUUCUCAUAUCAUAUUUGUUCCUUAUUCCCAGCUUUCUAAUUAAACGCACUCCAAUUCUUACACCAGAUUAAUUCUGUAAAUUUUCUUCUUUCCUUACACGUAACCCGAACCGCCCCUUUGAUUUUUCUGCCCCCUCGUCUUUGAUUCCGCCGAUUACCUUCAAUUCUUUCAUUCUUCCCUGCUCUUUCCCCGAUAUUAAUAUCUGCCCAUCAUCUCUACAACUAAUUUCGACUUGGGUUGCUCUUAUAUUCGGCUGCUUGCCCCCCUUCAUUCAUGUUUUAUUGAAGGGAAUGGACUUACUGUACCUGCCCACUGUCUAUCUUAGUGAAUGAUGCUCAGUGGAACAAGGGGUGCAGAUAAUGUUGGAAUUUUUGGAUGGAAAGCUCGUGGCGAAUCAUCUUUAACGUCUUCUUUGCUUAAGGAUGAGCCACAAGAGAUUGAACUAUCCACCUAUGGAAGAUUGCCAGAUCCUGGUAGUGAGAGCCCUACGGGGCUUCUCGAUGGGGAGCGUUUAAAUGUGGAACCAAUAGCUGACCUGGACCUAUUCUUUGAAAGGAUCUACAGCUAUUACUGUGACAAAGGGCUUUGGUGCAUCAUAACAAAGUGGAUAGUGGAGCUUAUGAGUCUUGGCUUUACCAUAUGUUUCUCAGCAUUUUUCUUGCUAUUUGUUGAUUGGAAUGGUCUGCGUAAUGCCAAGUGUGGGAUGGAUGCUGUGGAGUCUGGAACUAAACCGUGUGAUCUUGCCAAGGAAGCUCUUCAUGAGCAUCCCUUAGACCAUGUUACACUUUCAAAAGCUAUCAUCCUUGGAUAUUUAGGCAUAUUUUCUGUUUAUUGGAUCUUUUGCUUUUUUAGGUUUUUUGCACAGCUAAAGGACAUUUUAGGAAUCCGUCGCUUUUAUAACAACAGUCUUCACAUAUCUGACAAUGAAAUCCAAACUAUGCCAUGGGCAACAAUUCUUGAGAAGGUUGUUGAGCUGCAAAGAACUUAUCAGCUCUGUGUGGCUAAGGAUCUUUCUGCUCAUGAUGUGGUUAUGCGCUUAAUGCGGAAAGAGAACUACCUGAUUGGGAUGCUUAACAAAGGUGUACUUGCUUUUCCAAUCUCAAAGUGGGUCCCAGGUGCUGGCCCGGCUGUGAAACUUGACUCUUCUAGGAAGCAUUAUCGAUUAACAUUGACAAAAAGUCUAGAAUGGACCUUAAAUUGGUGCAUACUACAGAGCAUGUUUGAUCGUAAUUACUGUGUUAGAAGGGAGUUCAUAUCCAAUCCUAGAACGUUAAAGAAAAGGCUUGCGGUAGUUGGAGUGGUGAUGCUCCUGCUUUCUCCAUUUCUUGUCAUAUUCAUGUUGGUAUACCUCUUCCUGAGGCACGCUGAGCAGUUCUAUAACCACCCAAGUACAGCAUCAUCUCGAAGGUGGUCAAAUUUGUCAAAGUGGAUUUUUAGGGAAUUUAAUGAGGUCGAGCAUUUGUUCAAACACCGGGUCAAUAGCAGUGUGCUUCAUGCUUCAGAGUAUCUAAAGCAAUUUCCCUCUCCCAUUAUUACGAUAAUUGCAAAGUUCAUCUCAUUUGUCUUUGGUGGCUUUGCUGCUAUUCUGAUCAUCAUUGCUUUUCUGGAGGAAUCUUUACUGGAGGGCCAUAUAUUCGGCCGCAACCUUCUCUGGUAUGCUGCUGUUUUUGGAACUAUAACUGCUAUUAGUCGGGCAGCAGUUACAGAUGAAAUUUUAGUUCUAGAUCCUGAGGGGGCGAUGUCUAUGGUUGUCCAGCAUACGCAUUAUAUGCCGAAGAGAUGGCGUGGCAAAGAAAAUUCUGAGGUUAUCCGACUAGAAUUUGAAACCCUUUUCCAGUAUACAGGAAUGAUGUUACUUGAGGAGAUGGUCUCCAUUUUUCUCACCCCAUUCUUGCUUGUGUUCAUUGUUCCAGAGAGGGUGGAUGACAUCUUGCAGUUCAUUGCAGACUUCACAGUUCAUAUUGAAGGUGUUGGUCAUGUUUGCAGUUUCAGUGCCUUCGACUUCCAAAAACAUGGAAAUAGCAGUUAUGGGUCACCACAUAAUGCACCAGGCGCAGAGAGAAGCUCACAGGGGAAAAUGGAGAAAUCAUUCUUGAGUUUCUGUAGUAAUUAUCCUGCAUGGGAACCAAAUGCUCAGGGAAAACAGUUCCUGUCAAACCUACAGACUUUUAGGGAGAAAAUGUUGCAGCGACGGGGACAUGUACAUCAGCCGCAUGAAAUGCAUCAAGGGAGUCGCAAUUUGGUCGGUCAUCGGGACAGGAAUGGGAUUUUUCCGAGGGAACUACCUCGUGCAAAUUCAGCGGCUGCUAAUUGGACAGAUUUUCUAUGGCUAGAUGAACACCAAAGAAACUUUCCAUACCUACUCGAUCAUUAUUAUACAAACGCACCACAAGAUAUAGCCAAUUACUCUAGGGACGUCCCUGAAGAACAAUCUGAAUUGAUAGAGCAGAACUCCAGAAUGUAUUGGCUGCCACCCUACUUCACUCAAAGAAAAGGAAGGUACGAAGAUUACUGGGAGGAAGAUCAUCUCGAGGAUCGAUCAGAAACUCAUCUUGGGGCCUCCACGUCCGCUCCUAUCCUUCGCGAAAGCAUAUUUCAGCAUCAAGAUUUUAACAGUGCAAAUCCUGGUAUUAAGACUCGGUGGUGGGAUCGAAAUACUGCGUCUGGUGAACAACCCCAAACAAGUUUCAUGGAUCCUCCCGAGUUCAACAGGUACACUACUACCAUGAAGAAUCUCAAUGAUAAUGUCUCAGAAAGAAGCUCAGAGGAGCAACAACACAUGGAAUGGAGCGAUUUCGGGAAGUUGUCUGGAGCUACCCACUUAGAAGAUAUAGAGACUGAAGAAUUGGAUCUUCAUUUUGGAGAUGUGUACAGCAGAACUCCAGAAACUCCAAAACCUUCUGCAUCUACAAGCUUUGAGUAAUCUUACAUAGAGGGGUUGAAAUGUGAACUGUCAGACAACUAUUUAUGAAGCGUGAGCGCCAAACCAUGCGUUUAUUUUGAAGAAUGUAUUAGUUGAUUGAUUAAAAUCAUAGCUUCUGCAACACAUAAUUUACCAUACUGGCUAAAGAAUAUGAAGAUGAUUGUGAAGAGAAGGAGCCUUCAGCUAGUUGACUCAGAGUUUGGGGCCGCUCUUCUCUGAAUCCGUUCAUGAAAGUAUGAAACCAAGAACCCAAAAGAAAG